CGUGCCUGUGCGCUCUCACAUCUGACCUCUGAACGACAAAGGCGGGAUUAAAGUGACGGCAAGCUGACUGGGCGUGGCCAUCCUCACCCUGCAUCCUACCGUCACGGGCCGGUCCUCAGCUCCACCCUCCCCCAGAUCUUCAGGUCAAUCGUUGGUGCUCAACAUCCUGUGACUGCAACAUGACUCCCAAGUUUCAUUUCAGCGGAAGGGAAACUUAGCCUCUGUGCACGUUUAUCACAGUGACUCCAGUUUCUGACUUGAAAUGAUUAUCUAAUCCAUGCUGAGCAGCCUGGUUAUAAAGAGUCUGCAGGGCUGAUUCCUCACCACAAACCGUUCUUCCUUUGACGCGUGAAGAAGUGAGAAGAUGGCACAGGACCAGUUUGACCGCAAAGUGAAACCGGGAGACCUGAUCGAGAUCGACCGCGGAAUUUAUCAGCACUGGGCCGUUUACGUCGGAGGACAUGAAGUGGUUCAUUUGGUUACGGCAGAUAACGGGUCGGAGGUUUUAGAGCUGCUCUCGAUCCUGAACACCAGCACAGCAGAGGUGAGGCGUGACAAGCUCCAGGAAGUGGUCGGCUGCAACAAGUUCAUCAUCAAGAAUCUCCUCGACGACCAGUACAAGCCACGCGAGCCUGACGUCAUCGUGCGGGACGCCUGCAGGAUGGUGGGUCGAUACUUGCGGUACAACCUCGUCACGCACAACUGCGAACACUUUGUGACGAAUCUGCGAUACGGCAAACCAGAGUCACGGCAGGUUAAAAACACAGUCACUGCGAUUGGAGUAGGUGUAGGUGUAGGUGUGGCAGCGUUGGCAGUUUUGGGUGCCUUUCUGUUCUCUGGCUCUUCCGAGAAAGAAAAAGAGGAGGAGGAGGAGGAGCGCGUCAACAGGACAAGGCAACGCAAUAGUCGCGGGAGAGGGAAUCGUCACCGGCAUUAUUACUAUUAGAGUCCACUCACGUUCACUACCUGUGCAAAUAAUUUAAACCGUUUGAAAUAAGCUAUUAAACAUGUGCAAAAAAAAAGAAAA